AUGAGUCAGUGCUUCAAGUGCAAGCAGGCCAUCGGCACCAUCGUGAGUCGCGAUGGGCCGACGAAGUUGUACUGCUCAAAUUGCUUUCUUACCUACUGCGCCGGUGCGGUGCGCGAGAACGCUUUUCAGGAGUGCCUCGUGCCGAGUGACACACCGCUCGCGGUGGCUGUCUCGGGUGGCCCCAACUCCAUGAUGCUACUGCACGAGUUCGGUCAGCUGCGGUACAAGGCACACGAUCAAAUUCGCCGAAAACAACUGGCGCAGCAGCGGCAAGCGUGUGCUCAGGGUGCGCAGUCGUGUGGCAUAUACGCGUCGUCAUCGUCCGCCACGAGCACGUCGUUGGUGUCCAGUCUGGUACUGCUCCCAUUUCACUUGUGCGAAGAUGAGCUGGUGCUUCCGCCGCUGCCGCUGCCGCAGUCCUCAUCGCCCCCUUCGUCAUCAUCGCUGCACGAGUGCAGCGGCCGACAUGAAGCAAUUGAGGAGGUGCGGUCGACAAUGAAGGAGCAGUUCACAAAGCUGCGCAAGUACGUGCAGCAUCAGCCACCGCGGUGGGUUUACCAUACCGAAGUCCUCAGCGAGUAUAAGAGUGCGAAGAAGAAGCAGAAUACGCUCACUGCGGCAAUGGAGACGGAUGGGGCCCGCGCGGGUGGCGCUUGUGUCGCCACACCGGGGCUGUCUGUGAGUAGUGGUGGUAGUAGUGCGUCUCCAGCAUCGUCGCAGCAGCAGCGGCACGUAGAAGCAAGUGGUGAAACAGCCGCAACAGACGCACGCUUGUUCGAUGAAACGGAGAUGCGCCUGUUUCACUACAGUGAUUUUCUUUCGGAGAGAUACGUGAGCGAGGUGCGCCAUGCCUUGCAUGCCAGUAAGCUGUCGCUGAGCGACCGCGAAGCCCUUUACGCGCGUGUGCGGCAGCAAACGCUCUGUCGUGCGGCGCAGCGUGUGUGUAGGGAGCACCGCCAGCGCGAAGCAGCAGCAGCAGCAGCUGCUGGUGCUGGCGGGAUGAAACACGAGGAAGCCAUCCGCAGGGGCGAGACGUGCUGCUCCGAAGCACAAGAACGCUUCGACGAGCACGUGUCGUUACACGACACGAGUUGGGGAGGAAAGUCGCACUUGCUUCUCGGCAAUAAUGCGGCACGGUGCGCCAUAGCAGCGCUCGAAGCGCUCGUGACGGGCGCCAGUGGCGAAGGUGUCGUACAUGGUGCUGGCUUUCGAGGUUUCACGCACGAGGUCGUUUGCCUUCGCCCGAUUCGGACAAUGCUGCCCAAAGAAACGAUCCUAUACACGCGCCUCCACGGCAUUGUUUGCAGCUACACACCUGCGUUGUGCACUUGCACUGCCACCCGCUCUAUCCACCGCACGCUGGAGCAGUUUGUGUUGACCAUGAUGGCAUCGUACCGCACCAUGAUCUUCAACGUGCUCAACACGGUGCAACGGCUGGGGGUGCAUCCUGCUGCAGUGCAGGAGCUCGUUAGUGGCGAAGGCUCAGCAGCAGCAGGAAAUUCGCAGUUGGCCGGGAAGACUAGCAGGAAGGCGCUGCCAGGUCGAACGGCGCAGCAGAACCGCGAUGAUGGGCGCCUGACAGCGCCGCUGCACGUGCACCGCGACCCGCGUAGACUGAGCUUGAAAGAAGCUGACCGCUACAACGCCAUCGCGAUGUGCUGCGUGUGCGGCUGCCCUGCCUCUCUCGCCGCAUGCCACCGCGGGCACCGCACAGACACGGCGGAGCGGCAGUUGGCACUGUUUGCGUUGUGCCCCAUAAGCGAAGCGACGCCGCGCGCGAGUGAAGUAUCAUCUCUCACCAUCGCUGGUGCUGCCUCAUCCGAAACCUCGGUGAUGCCCAGCUGCUUUGUCUGCUACGCCUGCCGAGGCCUCGCGGACUCUUGGUCUCCAUCAGUCUUUGGGAGCAGCAGCACAACAGGAAACGGAGAAUCAGGUGAUGCCAGCAGCACCGCAACUGGGGUGGCAUCGCGUCACGAUGUCAUCACAUCGACAGCUUCAGUUUCUCAGCUGUGCAAGCUUUUCUUCUGA